AUGACAGCAUCCCGGGAAGAGAAGCUGGCACAGCUGCGCGCUGCACGCGAGAAAGGUGGCAGUGCUGAAGACGUCAAGUCAAAGAACCAGGCAGCUCUCCAGAACCUCAAGGCUAAGCGUGUUGAGGAGUUCACAAACCAGGCCGAGAUGGCAGGCAUGGACCUGAGUGGCCUCGACCCGUCCAUUGCGCAGUUCCUGGGCAAGGGCAUGUCUGCAGAGGAGAUGAUUGCCGCUCGGUCUGCAAAGCGCGCUGAUGGCGCCGCCAAGCGCGGUGCUGCGCCACCGCCGCCGCCCAAGAAGUAGAGCCG